GCCCGCCUUGGUUCUUUGUGAACUGAUAUUGAUCGAGAUGCUUUCACACAACGAGAUCGGGAAGGGGAAAGCACAGGAGGAGAAGGAGAAGGAGCAGGAGGAAGAGAAGGAGGAGCAAAAGGAGGACGAUGAGGAGAUGAGGAAGGGGAAAGGGCGACAGGUGAGGGAUCUAAACAAACAGCGGAAGGGGGCAAAGGAGGAAGUGGAGUGGGAGAAAGAGCGGCAGGAAGAACACGGGGGUACAGGCGCGGUCGCGCGACUGCUGCUGCUGACGUGGCGAUCGUCAGGGGUCUCGCUGGUGGUUAUGGGUUUCGUCACGCACCGCGCGAUCUUGCUAGCGUGACGGGUCACGACGCCAGGCCCGCUCUACUGGAUUCUGCCACGUGUCACCCGAUUGCUGCUAUUUGUA